UUUAGUGAACCCCAUGUUCGUCAACAUUUGGCUAAAGUUUAUAUGAUGCUAUGUGGCACGGCAGCCAUAACAGCUACUGGUUCCAUGUUACAAAUGAAAAACAUUAUUGAUUUGGGCAUGUUGGCUGCUAUCGGUUCAUUACUAUUGGUUUUGGGUCUACACUUCUAUCGUGAUAAUGGCAAAAAUUACUAUAACCGUGUUGCUAUGCUGUACGCUUUUGGUUUCUGUUCGGGACAAACUAUGGGACCACUAUUGCAAUAUGUUGUCAGUGUUAAUCCAUCUAUAAUCGUUACCGCAUUGGUUGGAAUUGUGGUAACAUUUGCCUCACUUUCAGUGGCAGCAUUGUUGGCGGAACGUGGUCAAUUCCUAUUUUUGGGUGGUAUUUUGGUUAGCGUUAUCAAUACCAUGACCUUAUUGAGUAUUCUAAAUAUGUUCUUCAAGUCAAUGUUUGUACAAAUGGGUCAACUUUAUAUUGGUGUUUUCGUUAUGGCCGCCUUUGUACUUUUCGAUACUCAGAAUAUUAUUGAAAAAGUACGCAUUGGCAAUAGGGAUGUUGUACAACAUUCAUUGGAUUUAUUCUUUGAUGUAUUGAGCAUGUUUAGACGUUUGCUUAUUAUCCUGACACAAAAGGUAAAUAUUAUAAAUAAACAAUGAACAGAAAUCGGUUGA